AUGCAAGUGCACGAGACCUCGUGGUCUGUGCAAAUUGAUUAUGCCCUGCUGGAAACGAAUGCCAGCUGCCAAGAUGAUAAGAAAAGUAGCCCAGUCUUCGCACCCCCUCGAUCGAUUGCGACUGGUACGGCUCCGCGAUCUGGCUCGUUUGGGCCAACUUCAAGUGUGCCUCUGAUAGCAACCAGCAUCUCGCCGACAUUCCCCCCUGCGGGCGUCUCCAGCGCACCAUCGGAGUACGACUCCACGUUGCCUACGUCGUCCACGCCGCCUCUACUACUUGCUCCUCUAGGCCAGCUCAAAUUGCUGUCGGCCCUCCCCCCUAUUAGUCGGCUGUUCCCUGAUCAUUUUGUCGACCAAAGCGACCACCAAUCUUCCAGCAAGUUUACUUAG